UCUAAGUUCCUCAUUCUGCCGCAGCAGUCCACGACGGCCAUAUGACCCAUUUGUCAAGCUUUGUAAGACUGUGUGCGUGUGUGUCGGUGUUUGUGUCAGCGCUUUGAUGAUUAGCACGGAGGACAUUUCUGAGGACUAAAAAAAAAAGAAAAGAAACUUUGACAUACUGGAUUAUUUGGUCUCUUUUAUCGGGGAUACAGAGCAGCAAAGGACAGGUGGAUUCGGCUCCGGAAGGCCGCAGCAUACAUAAGGCAUCACCCCAGGCCAGCCAUACUGCCCUGGGGCAGGAUGGGCUGUCUGAAGUCCACGCUGAACGGAGGUUUGACGAGUGGUAUGGAGCAGAAAAUCGGAGGGCAGGCUGCACAAUCUGAGUCAACACAUUAUGUCAGGGACCCCACCCACAAUACAAGAGACAACAAAACUAACUCCCUGUUACCAGGUCAAAUGUUCCAGCAGAUGGAAGAGAAACAAGGGACUGUUAAAUUGGUGAUUGGCCUGUAUCCUUAUGAAGCUAUUCAUCAUCAUGACCUAGGAUUCAAGAAAGGAGAAAAGAUGAAAAUCCUUGAAGAACAUGGUGAUUGGUGGAAAGCAAAGUCUGUAACAACCAACAAAGAAGGCUUCAUCCCAUCCAAUUAUGUCGCCCAAAUUAAUACCAUGGAAACAGAGGAGUGGUUUUUCAAAGACAUUUCAAGGAAGGAUGCAGAGAGGCAGCUGUUGGCACCGGCAAACAAACCAGGUUCUUAUCUUAUCAGGGAAAGCGAAACAUCGAAAGGGAAUUUCUCGUUGUCCAUCAGAGAUGUUGAUGCCCAGGGAAUGGAUUCAGUAAAACAUUAUAAAAUUAGAAAGUUGGACAAUGGAGGCUUCUAUGUCUCUCCCAAAAUUUCCUUCCCCAACAUCACCAGCAUGAUCAAACAUUACCACAACAAGGCAGAUGGCCUCUGUCGUAAACUGGAAAAUCCAUGUGUAAAACCCAAAGCCCAGAGGCCGUGGGACAAGGAUGCCUGGGAGAUUUCCAAAGAUUCAAUAAAGAUGGUGAAGAAACUGGGAGCGGGACAGUUUGGAGAAGUCUGGAUGGCUUACUACAACAACACAACCAAAGUAGCGGUAAAGACCCUAAAGCCUGGCACUAUGACAGUUGAGGCUUUCUUGGAUGAAGCCAACGUUAUGAAGACGCUACACCACGACAGACUGGUGCGGCUCUACGCCGUCGUCACCAAGACAGAGCCAAUCUACAUCAUCACUGAAUAUAUGGCAAAUGGAAGUCUUCUAGACUUUUUAAAGAGCGACACAGGAAAUAGACUGCAACUACCAAAGCUCAUCGAUUUCUCAGCGCAGAUAGCAGAGGGCAUGGCAUACAUAGAGAAGAAGAAUUACAUUCAUAGAGACCUGAGGGCUGCUAAUGUGCUUGUGUCUGAGAGCCUGCUUUGCAAAAUAGCCGAUUUUGGCUUGGCAAGAAUCAUAGAGGACAAUGAGUACUCCGCAAGGGAGGGUGCCAAAUUCCCCAUCAAGUGGACUGCUCCUGAGGCUAUCAACUUCGGCAGCUUCACCAUCAAAUCAGACAUGUGGUCUUUCGGUGUGCUUCUCUAUGAGAUUAUCACAUAUGGGAAAAUCCCAUAUCCAGGUAUGACUAAGGGAGACGUGAUGUCCUCCAUACAGCGCGGCUACAGGAUGCCCCAGCCCGAAAACUGUCCAUCUGAGCUUUAUGACAUUAUGAUGUCCUGCUGGAAGAACAAGCCCGAAGACAGACCCACUUUUGACUACAUACAGAGUGUUCUUGACGACUUCUACACUGCAACAGAAGGACAGUACCAACAUCAGCCGUAGCGGUACCAAGCUGGGAGGACGUCCAAUAAAGACAUUGAAGACACAUAAAGACAUUUGACAUCCAUUGUUUUUUUAUCUUCUUCGCAUAUGCAAUAGCAUUGUACAUAUCCCAUAUUCUGAUGUAUUGUUUUAUUACACUAUUAAUUAGAAAUUACAUUUUGUAGUUUCACACCCAGUCUAUGAGUAUGAAAGUUGUUUUCCUUCAGUAUAUUUUAAACAAAAUUUAUUAAUUAUGUAACAUUUUCUACCACUUCUUCUAUAGUGGGUCGUUUGAGAUUUUUGAGACCUACAUUUAAAAGAGAAUUGACUGUAGUUGUAAUUACAAAUACAUAUAUAUAUCUUUGGGCACAUGGUCUCUUAAAUAUAGUGUUUCACAUGUACGAGAAGUUUGAUUUGGUGGUAAGGUGUUACACACAGACAAACAUACAGCUGGCAUAAAUAAAUUUGGAAAUAUGUAGUUAAAAACAAAAA